AUGGAGAGGACUGCGACUUUACAAGAUUUAUUCGCGCACCACCGCCAUGGCGCGGGCGAGGUUAGUGAGGAGAGGGCUUCCCUCCGAUCCUCCCCAUCGCCGGGGCUUCGUCCACUGCAGGAGGCCGCCGAGGUCGUCUCGCGGACUGUGCAUUCGGCGAUUCACACUGGAUAUCACCGCGUGCAGGAGGCAAUGCGUGAGAUGGGGGAAAUCCCGAUGCUCUCCAUUAGCCGGGUGGAAGGGGGCCUGCGGCUUGGUGAGGCGGAGUUGCUCUCAGCCUCUGCCGCAGUCGAGGAAUUCACGAACGCGGUUUGGUCUGCCCUUACACAGGUCGAGACGAGAGCCAAGACGCGCCGGUUGCCUUUUAUCCCUUCCGCUUUACGCGAUUCACGCUCGGCGGUGGAAUCCCCCUCAGCGCACCUCCUUGAGCACUACCGCGAACUUUUGCAGUGUUUAUCCGCCCGCCUUGCUCAAUGCCGUCUGACGGUGACCCUCUGCAAAGAGGAAUUGGCGCUUUGCAAAAGCGAGACAUUUCUCUUUUCGCGGUGCGGGGUGCUCAGCUCUGAGGAUUUCGUUUCUUCGGAUGCCGCGAAGACGCCAAAUUCCGGUAAUAUCUCUCGACCUAACGCCGGAAAGGCGGAAAGGAAAGGACAGGGCGAGGGAGUUAGAAGGGAUGUCAACGGAAUCGAGGGAUCACCAAAACUGUGGGAAGGGGGUGAUGUCGGUAGCUCUGCGCUGGAGGGCUUUGGGAUCGUCCGGAGCGUUUCCAAACACGCAAAGUUCUACAUGGAUGAUAUCGUCAAGAAGGCAACCAAUACUGUAUUGGUUGCGGGGGAUAACGUGAUUUCGAUCGCGCGUACUGGAUUAGCCCAAAAUUCUUUGGAAGAUGCUGAUGGAGACCCAUUCCGCGGCUGUGGAAGAAAUAGUAAUAAAAAUAUUGUUAUUAAAGAUCAAAAACAUUAUCGAGAUGUUGAGAUGAAGGAAGGUUUGGGUGUGUCAAGUUCUUCUGUUAUACCACGUUUUCACUACACGAAGGACGAAGAGCAGCGGUUAAAAGAUGAGAACGUAUUGCUGCUCCACAGGCAGCACGAGAACUCGGCGAGGGAUGCGAAGGAAGUGGAGGCUUCUGUGCGAGAGCUUUCACAGCUAACGCUGCUUAUGAAUGACAAAGUUAUGCAGCAGGACGAACAGUUUUCGAUAUUAGUCAAGAAUACGGAGGAAGUUCGUCAUUUGAUGCAGCGUUCUGUGGAGGAGUUGGUAAAACCCACCAAGGGCUUUUGGAAUCCAUCCCGACAGCUGAUUGCGCUGCUUUGGAUCAGCACGAUUUUUCUUUUGUUAGCUAAUUACUUGGUCCGGUGA